GCUGUGCUAUCAAUUAACUAUCACCCCGUUUCAACUUCGAUUUGUUUACAUUUGUAUUCAAAUUUAAUAAAAUGAAAAUAAAUACUAUUGAAUUAGUUUAAUACUGAGAUCGAAACAUUUGAAAGUUUAAAAAAUUUAUUAGUGCAAAUUUGACUUUAGGAUUAUGCUAUCGAAGAAGAAAAGUCAUUGGAUUUAACGAUGAAUGAUCAAUUCCAAUCGGAAAAAGAUUUAACGGACAUGGUUCAACUAUCUCAAGAUUCUGUAUGUUCUUAUCAACUCUCUCAGGACUCGGUACAAUCUAAUUUGUCACAGGAUUUUACGUCAGAACUUUUAGGAGGCGAAAGUGUAAACGAACCCGAGAAAAAAGUUCGGAAGAAAAAAACAGGAACUAAAAAAGUUAGGAAGAAAAAGGCGGAACAACUUGACGAUGAAACGGGUGAGGCCGCAGAUAAACCGAAGAAAAAAAAGAAAAAAAUCAAAAUUACAAAACGACCUGAACCUGAAGGUGGCAAUGCACCACAACAUAGUUGUAAUCCUAUGACAGAAUUUGACCGAGUUAUUUAUAGUAAUGAACCUUUGUUUUCGGAUAUGGAACUCUCGGACCAUGAAACAUCAAACGAUGUUCCCGAACGACCAACACGGACACCCAGACCCGGUGGGGCAAUGAUUCCUUGUCUCCAGUUAGGAAUGCAUUCAAACACUAUGAUUAAAUUUGCGAUCAUUGGAAGUGAAAUUCAAAAUUUAUUGCGGGUGUCUUUAAUUAGGCAUGAACAAGAAAUCCAAAGUUUAACAAGAAAAAUCAGUAUGUUAGAGGAAGAUAUUAUGAAAUCUGAGGAACGAUACAUAACAGCAGCAUCUAAAUUAGAGGAAGCAUCAAAGGCUGCAGAUGAGAGUGAAAGAGGUCGACGAGCUUUGGAGAACAAAACGUUUCUCGAUGACGGGAGAAUAGAACAGCUUGAAGCUGCCUUAAAACAAACAGAACUUAUCGCAAAUGAAGCGGAACGAAAAUAUGAUGAGGCUGCUCGCAAGUUGAUAGUAGCUGAAACUGAAUUAGAACGCACUGAAGAAAAAUACGAGCAUAUGAGAAGACAAGUAAAAACACUUGAAGAUGAACUUCAUAUAGCUACUAACAACCUUAGAGGCCUAGAAAUAGGCGAAGAAAAGGCCUCACAGAGAGAGGACAGUUACGAAGAAACAAUCAGAGAUCUUACAAACAGACUGAAGGAUGCUGAAUAUAGGGCUGAAACUAGUGACCGUACCGUUCAAACGUUACAGAGAGAGGUGGACAAAAUCCAAGAGGAUUUUGAAAAUGAACACAGACAAAGAAUGGAUCUGCAAGAAGAAAUGGAUGCUACAUUAGCAGACUUAAACAAUUUGUAGAGAUGCAUGCUUUUUUUUGAAUGAUCUACACAGUUGUACAGAUGAAUUGCUUACUGAGAAGGAGAAAUAUAAGGCAAUCAGCGACGAAUUGGAUGCCACCUUCGCUGAAUUGGCUGGAUACUAAAAACUGGUUUCAUAUUCCCCUCACCAAAGUCGUAUAUAUCAUUGGUUUCUUUACAGGCCAGAAUCAUGUGUUUCUCGGACAAUAAUGCAUUUUCUUGUAAUAAUGUAUUUAUUUGUACAGUUAAAUGUUUUGACUGUUUUGUGUAAAGAAGGAUAAUGAUAUAAUACAGUGCUUGAAGUACAUGUUCAUUUUCAAUUAUUUAUGUAAAGACAAAUAAAUAUCUGUUACUAAUAUAUUUCGAUUUUAAAAAACGAGAUCUUUAGUCACAAAUCUUUAAGGUUACUACACAACUUUUGAUACCAAGCAAAUUUUUCGUCUAUUUUAUGUUUUUGCAAUGUUUGUAUAUCUGGGGAAAUAUGUUUGUGUGAAUCAGUAUUGGACCGCCAGACUUUUUAGCUACUUUGUUGAGGGAAUCAUGGGAUACAUAUAGAGCAGGUUUCUCCUUCCAUGCAAUUUGUAGUAACCUUUAAGAUUUUUGACAUGCUGUUGACAAAUUUUACACAAGAAAAGGGGUAGCAAAAUAACAGAAUAUGGUGGGUUGAUAGAUAUUCAGAUUGGCAUUUUAAAAAGUUGCAGAAUCUGCAGUAAAAUGACCAAACUGUCCUUAUUUUUGGCCUACCAUUGAACAAUCGGGCAAUAUCCAGUCCCAAUCCUUCUUUCCCUCCACUUCUGUUGAAGGAGACACCACAGUUGUAUAAUAUAAUGUAUUGAACGUUGAUUUUUUUGCAUGUAAUAUUUGUAUAGUAUGACUAAGACUGGUAGCAGGCCUAGGGUUCACAAAAUAUGCUCCACUUCUUUCAUAAGUAAAUUAUUGUAUUUCUAUAACAGAACAAUUCUUAAUUGUAUUGUACCAAAUUUUUAUUCUUUAUUAUAAAUAUUCUUAUACUUUACAUAUUUUUUUUUUGUCGUUUGACAACAUUUUUAGUAAGAAGUUUGGAACUAAUAUGUUACGAGAGCUGUACUUGUGAUGACAUUGUGUUCAUCAUGUGACGACUCCCUGGAUAUUGCCAACUUGUUUUUACCGACAAUAAACUUGUAUUGCUUAA